AAAGUAAGGGAAGCUACUGUCAUUGGAAACAUAUGUAAACAAGGAGACAAGAUUUAGAAUUUAGGUUCUUUAAGAUGUCAAAUCUCAGUGAUAUGAAACCUAAAAGUUUUACUGCUGAAGAUGUUUUUAAAUUUAAUGAAAUUUUGGAGGAAGCAAAGGACCCACAGCUGCUAGUAUGCAAUGAUUCUAUUUUUGAACAAAGCUACGCCCAAAGUGAUCGCAUUAAAACUUUACCAUAUCAGGAUACAUGUUGGACAAUGGAAGAAGUAGAAUUAGGUGACUCUAAUGAACAGGACACAAAAAGAGUGAUUAUAGUUAGUGAACUUUCUUUUCAAUCAACGCAAGAAGUUGUAGAGAUGAGUGUUGCACUCACAGCCUCUGUUUCACUUGAAAAGCAGACAUUGCAUUUAUUAAGCCAUGCAUGUCUUCAUCCUCGAAAGAAGCAUGCACGACGACCCCAUUAUCUUUUAUUGAAAAAUAAUGUGAAUGAAAGCAGGUCUAUUCUGAAAGAUAUUCAAGACUUUGGAAUCAAUUUGAUUGGAACAAGUCUCACUGAUACAGUGCCAGUAAAUGUGAAUCCACCAGAAGAAGCACUUUUUUAUGUGUGCCAUAAUUGUGGAUUAAAAGCAACACAAGAUUUCUUCAUCACAUGCCCAAAGUGUUCUGCAGUAUAUUACUGUGAUGAAACAUGUCAAACAGAAGCUUACCAUCAAAGACACAGACUGGAGUGUCAAAAGUUUAGUGCAUGCAUGAACAAAGAGAACUCUCUUGGCAGAUUUUGCUUUGAAUUUUCUGAAGUUUGUACACAGAGAAAGUUUGCUAAACAAAAGUUAUUUAACUUCUUGAAGUGUCAUGAUGUCUUUGAUCAAGGUCUGUGGAGACGAGAAUGCCAACUUUCAUGCUAUAAUGACAUUCCAUAUGGUGCUUUGCCAAAUGAUGAAAAACUUUAUGUACUUCCUCUUGAAGGUGUUGUCCUGCAGAGUGCUCUUGUAAAUAGCGUUAGCAUCGACGAACCUCUGAAAGACUGGUCAGACUAUUAUAACUUGAGGGGAUUUUGGCUGGACUCUCCAAUAGCUGGACUGCUUCACUACCCCCUCACUCUCUAUUGGAUCAUAACCACCUGCCUUCCAAAACAUUAUCCUGAGGUGUUUGAAAAUAUGAAGACGUCUCAUUCAGUUGAAGUCCAUGUACUUGGAGCAGAGAAAGAAGCUGAAAUGUUUCACCCAUUUUUAGAACUAGCCAGACUUCUAUCACCAUUAAAGGUUCAAUUACAUUUAUUUGGAGACCAAUUAGUUCACCAUAGUUCAUGUUCCUCUGAGAAUCUUAGUUUCAGUACCCACCCAGGAUUUUAUCAUGCAAGCAUAUCCUCAGUCUCAACAUUACCUCACAUGGCUAUAGGUUUUAAUGCUGGUCUUAGUGCCUAUCCAAGUUUUAAGGAGACCCUAGAGAUUUUACUUCAUCAAAGGUGCCCAGUUUAUUGUACAGAUUACUGCUAUCUGAGUCUCCUACAUUCAAGAAAAGCUCUGAAAAAAUCAAAACUUGGGUCCCUGAGUGAUGCUCAAAUAAACCCUUUCCGUUGUCCUUUUAGAAUCUUUACAUCAGACUCGAAUCUGCCCAGAUACAGCAACGCAUGGGCUUUUCACAUUAAAUCAUUGAAUUAAAACGCUCAUUCUGUUUUCUUAGUCCUGUCA